GGGCUCUUCUCUGCUUGUUAUUCGUCCUAUUUCCCCACCACCACGGGGAUGACCUUCAUGGUGUGAUUCCGCACUAUGGCCUUGUGCCUCUCCAGCCGUCCAGUUCCUUUUCGUCGGAACCUCACUCGCAUUUUGAAGAGAGAAAGCGUUGCAUCGAUAGAUAUGGUGUCUUUCGGGACUACCGAGCGGCGUAGAGCCGGAACCAGAUAUUUCUCCAAGUUUUGGGGCCACAAUCAGAAUCAAUCUCCUAGAGCCUCGUUCGGGUCUCGACUUCGCUUCGCCCUAAGAAAUACCAAGGUUGAAUGGUAUCCGAUUCCGGUCGGACUUGGAAUUGGUCUACUGGGUGUCCUGCAUUUCUACAAGUCCCAGCGGGCCGAAAGAGAACGAUUAGAGAGGGAGGCUUCGGGGGAAUCCUUUGAUUUUGCCAAACCUCCUCCCCGUCCCAAAUUUCGACUCAGCGGGCCAUGGCAGGUCCAAAUCAUGUCCACUCUGCCGUUGAAGGCAAUGUCCCGGUUAUGGGGCCGUUUUAAUGAGAUAGAAUUGCCUUACUAUCUUCGUGUGCCCGGAUUCAAACUUUACUCAUGGGCCUUUGGCGUCAACCUAGAUGAAGUUGCCGAACCCGAUCUUCACACCUACCCAAACCUCUCUGCCUUCUUCUACCGCAAACUAAAACCCGGUGUCCGUCCUUUGGACCCUGAUCCACAUGGUCUGCUCGCUCCCUCCGAUGGCCGUGUCCUCCAAUUCGGUCUCAUUGAACGAGGGGAGGUGGAGCAAGUCAAAGGAGUCACCUACAGCCUGGACGCUCUUUUGGGUUCCGCCACUCCAACUCAUGCAGACCACUCCAAAAAGUUUAUGGAUCAUCAAUCAGAGCCAUCACAAAAAGAUGCUGAAAACAUGUCAUCCCACGAAGAGUUUGCCAGGGUUAAUGGUAUCUCUUACACACUACCUACAUUAUUUGCCGGUGAGCAGGAUGGGCUACGGAAACGAUCGAUGUCCCUGGACGCAUCUACCGCGUCAAAGCCGGGAUCCGAAGCCCAAGUCCAAGAGGAUCUAGCUCGUGGAGACGGUACCCCAUGGUAUGCGCCAAAGCCUACAUCGAAUAAUGCGCUCUACUAUGUAGUUAUCUACCUCGCCCCCGGUGAUUAUCACCGAUUCCAUUCCCCCGUCCCCUGGGUCGUCGAAAGCCGCCGUCACUUUGCAGGCGAGCUUUUCUCUGUAUCUCCUUACUUGCAACGUCACCUACCUGGUCUCUUCACACUCAACGAACGCGUUGUCCUGUUAGGCCGCUGGCGAUGGGGGUUCUUCAGCUAUACCCCCGUUGGUGCGACCAACGUCGGCUCUAUCAAGAUUAACUUCGACUCCGAGCUACGCACCAACAGUUUGUUGACGGACACGGCGGCGGACCUGGCUGCCGCAGAAGCCGCCAAACGAGGAGAACAGUACCCUGGCUUCGCUGAGGCAACUUAUCUCCAUGCAAGCCGAACCCUGCGGGGCCAUCCCCUCCAACGAGGCGAAGAAAUGGGCGGAUUCCAGCUUGGAAGCUCGAUCGUCCUCGUAUUUGAGGCGCCUAUGGGCACCCGCAAGUCAUUUGAUGCCGGAUGGGAAGAUGGCCACCGGGAAGGCGGCUGGAACUGGACCAUCGAAAAGGGCCAACGCAUCCAGAUGGGUCAGAAACUUGGAUACGUGGAUAUUAAGGAAUAAGAGAGAGAGAGAGGCCUUUGCGCUCUACGGAGCCUUUAACCCCGUCGCAUUUUUUGUUUGCGCUCUGCGCUCUCAUUUGCGGUAUUCCCUCCAGCUCAACAGCUUGGCAACAAUGUAUCAUACGUUAAUUCGGUUGUAUGUACCACUUUUAUUCUAGACAUAAUUCCAUUACCCC